AUGAUGUCGCUCCUCAGCUUCGUCAAACCACUUGCAUACCUCUCUGUUCCUUUCUUCUUAUUGCGUACAGCAAGUAAUUCCUCUCCGUCGGCACGUUAUUAUAUUCGACUAGGAUUAUACCUUUCAACAUUUGGUGUGUGCUCAGUAUGGGGCAUCCUCGUUUCGAUAGGCAUGACAGCGGUAGGGAAACGAUUUGACAUCAACUGGGUCGUUGCGCGUUCUUUCUAUCAUCUCACGAGCCGAGUUUUGGGGAUAUAUGUUGAGGUGGAGGGCGAGGAGCAUCUAUCAGUGAAACCGGCCAUACUGGUUGCAAAUCAUCAAAGCAUGCUUGAUAUUCUCUACACGGCACGGGUCUUUCCUAAGCAGGCGUCCAUAACCUCAAAGAAAGAGCUUCAAUGGAUGCCGUUAUUAGGGCAGUAUAUGACUUUAUCCGGUGCUAUAUUUAUCGAUCGCAAAAACAACGCUCGCGCAAUAAAGUCUGUUGCAGAUGCGGGUCUGGCGAUGAAGCAGCGGCAAAUAUCGGUAUGGGUGUAUCCCGAAGGGACUCGCACUCUCAGCGAGAAAUUGGACAUGUUGCCUUUCAAAAAAGGCGCUUUCCAUAUGGCAGUUCAAGCCGGAGUACCGAUUACGCCGAUAAUCUGCCAAAAUUACUGGAAUCUCUAUCACGGGGGCACAUUCGAGAGCGGGAUAAUCAAGGUCAAGGUCCUCCCACCCAUACCAACCGCCGGCUUGACGGCAUCCGAUGUGGGAGAACUGGCUGCUUCAGUGAGGGAGAAGAUGCUGGAGGCACUUCACGAAAUU